AUGGCCAUUCCCGAGACCAACGUCAACAGACAGCGCGAGGUCAUGGUCGUCUCCUCGGAUUCAGGCCCUCCCCGGCUCGACCUCACCAUGAACAAAGGUCGCCGGGGAACAUUCAGCAGCUUCGGCAGCGCCGACGACCGCGGCUUCUCCCCUCGCACCGCCAGAUCAUCCAACGACCUCUUCGCGCAGGUUCUCAGCAGAAUCGAAACGACAGACUCCGAUUCCGAGUGGGGUGUCGUCCGGGCCCGCGCCCGGGAGAACAACGACAGACAUGGCAUGGGGGACCUCAUCAACUUUCUCAGAACCACCUCGCCGCCGCCGCAGUUCCCAGAGAAGUCCGUGUUUGACGAUAGCGAAGAUACCCAGGAGCAGGAGGAAGAAGAAGAACCCGAGAGGUGGAGGCUGUUCAAGAAGCUGCGCCGCCCGCGCACUCGUGCCAGAUCGGAGUCGCCCGCUCGCCGGCCACGAACCGCCGGGCUGCCCAACUCUGCUGUCGCUUCGAAGACGGCGAGCGGUGCCUCGCAUAUCGCAAUUUCCAUCCCGUUGGAGUAUUGCCACGUAGGACCGGACUCCGACUGGGCUCUCGCUAUAUUCAACGCCACGCCGCCCCUUCCUCCGGCUGCUUCUCGAGCCAGCGAGGAUAGCGUCAAUGGUCAAACCAGGCCUUACGCCAGCGAUCGCACCGUUACCGUUCUCAAAACCGUCAGCGAGCAAGGAUCCGCGUUGACAGUCGACACGAUGAGCACGCAAUCGCAACGUCAAGGUAGAAAGGGCUCGGUAUCUAUUUGGCCCAAGAUCAACCCGAAUCCAUCGAGCCAGCCGAGAACGCCUUAUGCGACACCACCGGGAAGUGUGCGCGGGACUACGAGCGUCUCCAAGAAGAAGCGUGGCCGGCUGGCGGGGUCGCCGCAACAGUACGCAGAGCUGCCGGCGUCACCGGUCAUCAUGCCCCAAAGCCCUGAUGAAAGCUUCGAUACGAAGCCUUGGGAGGCAGGAAUUCUUUCGCAGUCUCCUAGUCAGCAAAAGUCAAAAACGAAAUCCCCAAGACGGCCGGAGAACAUCACUCUCCCGCCUCGUAGAUCCAGCAUCAAGAUUGUGCGCCCACAAACAGAAGGCGCGAGAGACGGAAAUCAAGCAUCGAUCGAUGGCAUGAUUGGUGGCUCGGCGAGGCGCCAGAGUGUGACGUUCGAUGGACCUCCGCUCAGCCCAGGAUACUCCGAAGUGCCUUCGCUGAGCCCAAGCAUAGCAACAACGGAGUUAUCAGAACCGAUCAUCACAAGGGCCCGGUCCGCAAAAGCUUACUCGACCGCGUCGGUCAUAUUCCAGGACUCGGAGUCAACUACGCCAAGGCCGUCGUUGACCAUCAGGCCCGGAAGUAGUGACACCACUCAGACUACCCUGGUGAAUGAGUCCGUCGCCUCCCGCAACCCGUCAACCAGGACUGCCACAUCGAGACAAAGCCGCAGAGAUCGCGUCAAGAAUAUCAAGCAUCGGGACAUGGAGGCUCAGAGAGCCUUCAAGAAAACGCGAGAAGAAGAUGGCGAAACGACACCAAGGCCACAAACCUCCGAGACGGUGAUCAGCUCUCUUCGGCUGCCGUCCCGUGAUGGCACAUUCGGGUCCAGGGACGACAUCCGUGGCAUGCAGACGAAGCUCUCGGCCACGAACUUGGCCAACAUGGCCGAGUCUCAAAGGAAAUCACCAAGCCACAGCUCCAACGGCAAUUCACUCAAAAUAUCAGAUUGGCAAGCGACCCAGCGUGUCGAUACCCCGGGCUGGGAAACGGCGCAAGAGGAAUUGAGUCCCGACUGGGAAACCGCCCGAGAAGACACCCCGACCCCGCCCUGGUCGAAACCAUCGCUCCUGGACGAGACCAUGGCCGCCGCCGACUCUGCAGCCAGCAAGUUCGACAGCAGCCUCGCCAGAGACAGCACAAUCAGCUCUGUUCCACCCCGCCGCUGGGGGAGCCUCAAUCGAACCAGUUGGGCGAGUUCAGUCCCUCUCUUGGAUCGGAUAGGCAGCUUCGUCCUGUCCGAGGCCGAUGCUGCGAAGGUUGGAGAGCUGGUUAGCCAUGAUAAUUCAACCGAAGGCCAAAGUCGAAUGACGCGCGCAGACUCUGCAACCCUCUCUCAGACGGAUUCGGCCCGCCUCACUUCGCCUCCCCUAAGCAUAGUAGAAAGCGAGGGCAAUCUCCCCAGGUCUGAGACGGAGACGACAGCGCAGUUCAUCGCUGGCAGCAUAGCUGCUUUUCCCAAACCCGGUCCCGCGCCCAGGUUGAGCGCCAUCAUGCCCGUUGCCGAAGUCGUGCCUGGCUCUGUCGACGAGAGAUGGUCUGCUUCAACUCUAAACUCCCCAGUGACUGCCGUCACCCACAUCCCCUCCGCGAAUACUCAAGCACCAACACUGCCCUUUCCGCAACUCGCCCGCCCACACACGGCGGGUAACACGAACCCAGAGCUCCUCAACGCAGCCUACGACACCCGGAGAAUGUCGCUCAGAAUACGGCCGGCAGCCGACGAAGGCGAGGCCUCCGAGACCGCGACUGUGCGCCCCAAAAGCCGCCUCCGCGACGACGACGGCGUCGACUUCCUCUCCAUGUCCGCCAGGGAACUCCGCGCCCACUACGCCACCCUCCGCAGCGCCAGGGUCAACGACCUCGCCCACGAGAUGCUCCUGAACCAGGAGCGUCUCGAGAUGCGCAUGCACCAACAGGAGCGGAACCAGAUGCUCUUCAUCGAGCGCCUAGAACGCUGCAUGUCCGACCUCCGAAGCCUGCCGGGCUCCCCCUUCUCGACAUCUCGCCCACUGGACUGGCCCCUGGACCAUGACAACGAGCUGGUCUACGAAGAGCAGCGCAUUAGCCGCGUGCGCAGGCCCAACCGCCUCGGGGGCUCGCUGCACCAGCAGCAUCACUCCGAGUCGUCCCGCCCCUCCCGCCGCCGCCUCACGGGAAGUCAGGACGACUUCGUGGACUUUGACGGCGACUUCAUCGACCGCCACGACCAGCGCAGGCAGCGACGUCCGUCCACCUCGCACGUCACGCCUUCGUCCUCGCGGAGAUCGGGAGCGGCGGCGCGGCCACGUCGCCACGGCGCACCACCCGUGCUCCCUCCCCUGACCACCCGCCGCAGCGGGUUGGACUCCCUCGACCCCCUGAUUCGGGAGCUGCAGUUCGCGGCGCGCGUGAGCCAGGAGACGAACCGGACGGAGAGGAUCCGGACGCCGCAGCCCGGCGACCCGGGUGAUUACUAUUACAACAUGAUUUGA